AUGACUGAGAUUUUGGAUAGGGAGCACCUGAUCCUAGAUCAGCAGUCCUACUCUGACAUGCUUGACAUUGAUGAGUGUCUGAACAAAACCGUGUGUGGUCCCAAUGCCAACUGUACCAACUCUUAUGCAGCAUACAGCUGUACCUGCCUCUUUGGCUACCUGCUCACCAGCCCAGAUGCCAUACCCAGCCCCUUAAACCCAUGCCUAGACAUAGAUGAGUGUGCUAACACCCCUGGUCUAUGUGGUCUCCACUCUGUGUGUACCAAUGCACCAGGGACCUUCCACUGUUCCUGUGUGGAAGGAUACUUCUCCUCCACUGGAGUACUGUGGGAAACUGACGUCACUGUGUGUGAAAGUGUUGAUGACGUUCUAGCCGCCAUAGUUCCCCCAGAGGGCCAGUCUAAGGAGAUGUACUUCCUCAACCAGAUGAACCAACAGCUGAUGGAGAACCCUGACAUCGUCCUACCAGAGGGGGUCAGUACAGCAACCUUUACAUCUGGUGUUGGAAGCAUCUCAGCGCAGCAGGCCAGUACAGGCCAGGUGUGGAGUGGGCCUGGAAAGGAUGGCGGGGAGUCUGGCAGUGUGGUCCUGAAGAUCUCAGAGCUCCUGGUGAAUGCCUUAGUGGACCCUUCUCAGGGCCGGGUCAACAAAACCAUACACACACCUGAGCUGGACAUUAGUCUGCAGGUAAUCGAGGCCAACAGUACAGACACCUCUUCCCUCUCAGCCAGGGGAAACACCAUGGACAUCAACCUAAAGGCUCUGGCCAGAAACAAUAAUGGUACAGCAUCAGCAGUAUUCCUGACAGUCAGUGGGAUGGAGAGCCUUCUGGGUGCUAGCUUCUUGCAGACAGAAAACCACACAGAGAUGUUGUCUGAUGUCAUCACCGCCACACUGCCCAAGAUCAACCACACCCAGCUCUCUGAGCCUGUCAACUUCACCAUGAGCCACAAGAGGAUUGCAGCAGCCACUACUCUUAAACCUUUGGAUGCUGUUCUUUAA